AUGAUAUAUGAAUUGAAUUCUGCCAGGCUUGGCUAUAGGGCUUGCCGUGAAGGGCAAUGUGUUGCGGAAUUACAGACACGGGCACUGCCCUUGCCUCACCCUCCCCGCCAAACGCCCGAGACCAGUUUGGGGGCGUCUCUCUCGCCGGCCAAGGAGCCACAGGCUGCUUCCGGGGAAGUGGAAUGUGUACGCAGCCCCUCAGGGAUUAUCUUCUUUGUGCUCCCCACAGGCGAGAGUCUGAGUCCGAACCGCAGCGCUGCCAAGCGGAAGAAGAAGCAGAGGAGGAACCGCACCACAUUCAACAGCAGCCAGCUCCAGGCCCUGGAGAGAGUCUUCGAGCGGACACAUUACCCUGAUGCCUUUGUGCGGGAGGAGCUCGCGCGGAGGGUGAACCUCAGUGAGGCCAGAGUCCAGGUGUGGUUCCAGAACCGAAGGGCCAAGUUCCGCCGCAACGAGCGGGCGAUGCUGGCCAACAGGUCUGCAUCACUCCUCAAAUCCUAUAGCCAAGAAGCAGCCAUUGAGCAGCCCAUGGCUCCCAGGCCAACCGCCUUGAGCCCAGAGUAUCUCUCCUGGACCACCACAUCCCCAUACAGCACUGUGCCUUCCUACAGCUCAAGCGGCACUGCGACGCCCGCCCAGGGGGUGAACAUGGCAAACAGCAUUGCCAGCUUACGCCUCAAAGCCAAAGAGUUCAGCCUGCAUCAGAACCAGGUGCCUACUGUGAACUGACUGCACAUCCCCAGAACCGGGACAAAAUACCGACGUGCCUGCCCUAGGCGGGAGAGCAUCUUCCCAAUCACAAGAUGCCAGCUUGCUGCUCCUGUCCCAGUCUAAACCAAAACCCUAGUGACUCUCAACCAGUGCCAACCGCAUCACCAGCAUCCUCUUCUUCUCCUUGUCCCUUUGGAAAGCAGAGCCAGUCACAAUCCCCUUUGGAUAGUGGGGUGUAAUUGUAGCCACAGAAGGAGUGAACUUGGGAAGAAAGGUGCUUUCCCCACACGCUCUAGAAUAUCUAUAUACACACGUUUCAAGGAUGAACAGACUUGCCAAGGUAACAUGAAAAUGCUUCCGAGCAGGAAAGAAUAUUGGACAACAGGAACUGACAAUUUGGAUGUCUCAGCGGGACAGCCCGAGAGCAACUGAGUAUCCUCCUAUGCUAGGGACACUGGUCUUGGUUGGGAGGAUCAUUAGCUUGUCUUAUGUCAAUUAUAUAGGCCCCUUUUCUUCGGUUGUCACUCAAACCUGGCUGUUCUGCCGUUUGUAGCCGACUCACAUUAUACAGCAGCAUGUCCAAGGCUGACAGAUGUGCUCAUGUAUUUUUAUGUCACCAGCCUGCAAUGCUUGAGCAAGAAAGACUUUUGCAAGCAGAAUGGCCCAUCCCUGCUGUAUAUAUUCAUUACCCUCGCCCUGCAUUGCGCUGGGUACAUUUAGCAGUUGCCAGCUGCCCGUGCCAAUGUAAGAUCCAUGCUACCCACUUUUUAGUAACCAUUAACCAAAGGCAAAGAUGGCUUCAGUGACCAGCACUCACUCCAAGCUAAUGAGUUUCUCACCCAGCUGACGGGACUUUACAGCUUUCCAAAAGUUGCUGUUUGCUCUGCACUUUGUGGUUAAGUCAAUGCAUUCCCAAGCAAGUCUGAAGGGGCUGGGGUCAUUGAACUAUUCUGGGCGGAAAAAAAAUCCAUAGGCUUUAGCUGAGUGCCUUGCUGUCAAAGCUCUAUGCAAAUGGCCAAGGCAGGCUGCCUCCGUCGGAAACACUGCCUCUCUUAUGGAGCUGUAGCCUGAGGAUGUGGUUGAUGGCUUGGGCUUGUAAAUUAAAUGCCUCUUGCAGCAAGCGGUUGGCUUUCCCCAUCACCCCCUCCUCUUAGCAAGCUCGUCCCUGCAGAAUAGCCAAAGCCCAUCAGCAGGACUUUCAGUUACAAUGCAAGAUGUGAACAAGCAGAACCUCACCUGGGGGUCUCGGGGGUCCUGUGUUGAGCUUUGUGAGGCAGGGGUAUAAGGAAUGGGGCUACAGUAGGGGGCUGGACAGACAGCUUCCCUUACAUGUGCACAUUAUAAGAAAUAGCACGAGCAGUACUGGUUUCCCUUGGUACGGCUACUCCACUUAGCUCAAUCCUGCUCUCAUGGGUCUCCCAGCCAGGGAGGAGAAGUCCAGUCAGUUUCCAUGCUCCAGCCAAGCGCUGGCCUCUCUGCUGAGUCCAUCCACAAUACAGUGGCUGGUGUGAGGAGCUGGUUUUCUAACGUGGACAAAGUAUCCACUGGAAAAAUGAGAUGAGACGGCUCAUUUGUUUCACACAGGCCACCAAACAGGCAGCAGCUGAAAAAAAUCUUUUGGUCGCAACAGACGUGCGCCGAUUUGAGCCGAUGACUUAGAAGGGAAAGGUCUCACAGGUCAGCGCCCGUCCCCCAGCCCAUUCCGGCCCCACUC